UUUGGAUUCUGUAAAGAAAAUGGUAAAAUCAUCUCAAUUUUCCAUUUAUUAAGAAACUAUUUUAUCAUGUCUACCAAAAAAAAAAAGAAACUAUUUUAUCAUAAAGCUUAUAAAUUAGUUUUUGCAAAAUCGAAAACCAAAAACACUUCAGAUCAAUCUGCAGCCAUUCAAGAUUUCUCUACUCCUCCUAAAUUUACAAUAAAUUUUAUUUCAUAUAUAAUUUAGCCUUUUUCACUUGAAGAGUUAAAUCAACGGAAAAAAAAAGAAGAAGAUGCUGAGAAAAAACAAAAAAAUGAAAAGAGAAGAUUUAAUGGCGGUGCCUGUGAAGCUUCCGUACGAAUUGGAGGAAGAUAUACUCUCUCGGCUUCCACCUCUCUCUCUUGCUCGUUUCAGAUCAGUUUGCAAACUAUGGAAUGAUCUUUUCAACGAAAAUAGGUUCAUCAACGACCACUUUGGCCGCGCCCGGCCUCAAUUCAUCUUACUGGACAAUUCCAAUAUUUAUUCGAUAGAAAUCAUCGAUUUAGACGGCAUUGAUCCAACCAUAGAAUUGCGUGAGCUAGCCUCCUCUGGUAUUCCUUACCGGGAAUUAGAUUUGGAUCACACAACCAUCACUACUUGCGAUGGGUUCUUGUUUUGUAACUUUUUUGUUUCGGCUAAGGGGACAGCACUUUGGAAUCCGUGGUUGAGACAGGUUAAAUGGAUCGAGUACGAGGAUAAAGAGUUCUAUGUUUUUGGCUUAGGAUACGAUAAUACUAUACCGAAAAAGUAUUACAGGAUCUUUGGGUAUUUUGUGCGUCAUCGUCAAGUCCAGAGAGAUUACCACCAGAGAGUUGCCAUUUACGAGUGUGUGUCUCAAGCGUUUAAGUAUAUUGAUACACCUGACGAGGACUGGCCCAUAAAGCAAGCUACACGAGGAAAUGUGUCCUUGAACGGAAAUCUCUAUUGGGUUGCUUGUAAUCCCAACACUCAUGAGUAUUACAUCCAAAGCUUUGAUUUCUCGAGGGAUAUAGUCAAAGCUUUUUGUCUCACUCCGUGUAGGAAGAACCGAUCUCGCGAUGUACUUUUCCUCUCAGUUUUUAAGGGAGAUGGGUUUUCCUUGUUAAAGCAAUGUUAUGUGACAAGGAGCGUCGAGAUUUGGGUUACGAAGAAGAAGAUUGAUACUAGUAACAACGGUGGAGAGGAUAUUGUGUGGAUUAACUUAAUGAUUUUGCCAACAACUAACUUGCCAAGCUUAAUUAAUAAGUUUUAUGGCAUUAGUUAUUUCAUCUAUGACAAGACCACCCUUAUCAUGUGUUGUUGUGACGAUGAAAAUAGAGCCACUUGCAUCUAUAUUGUUAGGGGAGAUUUGUUCAAGAAGAUUCAAAUCAAUUCUGGGGUUUUCCAGUGUUGUCACUGUGUUUAUGCUCCCAAUUUGAUCCCGCUCCUCUAGAGUUCAGAUUGGGUGACCUGAUGCAGCGUAUCACUCAUACCACCAUCUAGAAGCUUCUUUCACACGUUUCUCUUUUGUCGGUUUUAUAGAUUUUCUUUUUAUUAGUUAUUUUCCUUUUUCUAAGAUGAGCUCUAGGAUUUCCAAGCUUAAUUUAGGGCUAGCGGUUUUGCCCUCAUUCUCAUUUUGAGCGUUUAAAUUUGCCACUUUGUAAAGACAGCUUUUAAUUUAAUAAACUUAUCGAGAAUUCAUUCUCAAACCUAAAUCUUCGAACUCUUGUUUUCUCUUGAAGAAAUCUUGAGCUCUAAGCUACAAGUUUUGCUCACGAUCCGUUGAUAGUUGAGAACUCUUGUAUA